GAUUAUACAAUCAGUAUAUUGUUAUAGUUGUGCCUCUGUUUUGUGCGACACUAUUGUGCGGUUUGAGCGCCAAAUCAGUACCAAUUACUGGCCAUCAGGUGAUCAUCUGGUGAUCGACAGUCUGUGAACAGCUGUGAGCGGUUCCGAUGGCAUCGAUGUCUUUCUUGGAGUUCUUCCAUAAGGGGGGCAAAAAACAGACGUUCCGGCCUAAGAAGAAGUUUGAGCCUGGUACUCUUAGGUAUAGCCUUCAUAAACAAGCGAUCGCUAGCCUGGGUUCGGGCAUUAAUCUGCGAGAUGUGGUCAAAUUGCCUCCAGCCAUAUCCCCACAGCAUUUAUACCUACAAUACCUUCCGAUUGAGAGCCGGGUUAUAGCGUUUGAUCCCAAGAAUUAG